CCAAAGGGAGCGCCAGAGCUCGCGGACGACGGGAAGAAGCGGAGAGGUUCUGAGUGGGGAAAGUCGUUAACUGGCGCGUGGAGCUGUUGCCGAGGGGAGAAGCGGUAAACGGCCCUCGCGGACGGCGCGAGGAGCUGUGGCCCAGUUUGGGAAGAUGCUGCACAACGUGGAGAAAUGCGCGCGGCACCUAGUGGUUAGUGAAAGAUCCAACUUCAGGCACAGUAAAUCAAAACACCAUAAACACGUGCAGGCUCAUCACUAUAACUACCAGGUCUCAAUUUUGAUACCAGAAUGUGGAGUGAUACCACCAGGAGUUACUGCUGCCUGCAGAAAUUUAGGAGAGUAUUAUUUGGUAAAGCAGUUGCCACUUCAUCGAAUGCUUGAACCUGACUUCAUCAACAAAUUUGUGAAGCAAGGCUUUCUUUAUGUGCUUUCAUACAACACCAGAAUAGAUCAAGACAACUGUAUUGCAUUACUGCCAAUAGGAAAGCUAAUUUUAUCAGUUGACAAGGAUACUUAUGAAGAGCUUGGCCUGGAAGGACAACCAUCUGUGUAUUCACAUAAGUCAGCAAUGAGAUACAAUAUUACUGUCCACAUGCGUGAUGCUACUUUUGUUCCUGGUGAAAAAAGAUAUAACCGUGUAAUAUGGGCAUUGAAAGAGAAAAAACCUUUAAAAUUUGACUUUUUGAUGAAGUGGCAUUCCUCAGGUGGACAAGAUGCCAAUUUAGUGUCUUACUUCAAGGAAUAUGAAUGCAAGGUCUACCAGCCUACUGUGUCAACCAGGAUAUUAAAAGAUAUUGACAGCCCUGUGUUGCUGGGUAAGGAAUUGAAAGGGAAGGACAAUGAAUCCUGCAGCUCUCAGGAAUUUCUUGACUGGCUUGGUGCAGUCUUCAAUGAUAUUGAUUGCAAUAAUCAAGCAGACAGCUUUCUCUCGACCUACUGCUGUCCUUGGCCCAGCACCGUACUGGAUAAAGCUUGCCUUUAUACUAUUUCGGGAUUUAUAAUUCCAGAAGGGAUAAAUCAGAUAUUGGAACAGCUUAGACUCUAUUUUGAGGAACCCAAGUUGGCCCAGUGGAUUAGUAUGACUGUACACGGCUUUGCAGACAGCCCAGUUUCCUGGGGAGAAGAUGAACAUGGAUACCACAAGGGGGGAGAGAACCUCUACAAUUUUGUUCUUUUCAGUAACCGAGAUUACUGGCUCCACAUGGCUGUUGGGGCACACAGUGCCUGUCCACCAUAGAGUUAUAACUGUGUGUGCUUACUUGUACAGAAGAACUGCAGCACCUAUCAUUUGUCAAUUCAGAAAUGAUUUGGCAUCAUUGACCAUUACAGCUUCUUUAUACCAUGGAUCCAGAAACACUUAAAGGGAAGUAAAAACACCAGUUGGGUUCUAAAUUUUCAGGCUGUUUAUAAAUAAUAUGUCCCUAUGAGUGCACUGUUUGAUAAAUCGGCAAGCAUCCAGACUUUGCAUUUGUGAAUCUUGGCGGCUGCCACCACCCUAUUGGUGUGUUUAAGCUUGAUGUACACUCCUGUUAUAAAUAAGCAACUUUCUCUCCCUUUAAGCAGGUUAUUGGUUUCGAGCAAAUUGAUUUCCCUGCAGAUCUAUCUGAUUAGAAGAUAUGUUAUGUGCAGAGUGGUAUUAAUAUUCUUUCAGGUUAGGUGCAACAUUUUAGCACCCUGACGUUAUUUCACCAAGUUGCUAUACCAGCAUAUUAACAUCAACAACUGCUUAUAUAUGGUGCUUAAUAAAAGGCUUUUAAAAAAAGACAUGUUGGUAAAGUAAUUGGAGAGACUUUUAAUGUAAAGAUAGAAUUGAUGAUAAGGGCUCACAGCAGGAAUUUGCAGCGCCGAAGUGGCUAAAUACUCUGUCACUAAUAGUGGAUCUAAGAGAAAUUUGGCAACAAUCCAGAUUUGGUGGUUUGAAGGGUGCAGUUGAGGACACAAAACUGGAAGGUUUGCAGAAAUAAGACAGGGCAAGGCCAUGUACAACGUCAGGAUGAGGUUUUAAGAUUAAAUGCGUGGUUAGAAGCCAGCGUAGGUCAGUAAACUCAGGUGAUUGCCAAGAGACAAUGCAGGAGAAAUGCCAUUAAUGUUUAUGGAAAGAGAAAAGUAGGUGACUGACACUGGAGAGCUGGCAAAAUUGAAUGUAGAAAUGGCAGAAACAUGGAUAAGGGUUCUGGAUACAGUGAACAUGGGAGAGAAAAGAUUAUUUUUGAAAUGGAAUACAAUUCCAUGGGUGGAAAGGAUUUUGAGGGUUUGUAGUUGAGCUUCAAUUGAAUAUGAUGCCAGAGUGUUUGCAGGUUAUGCCACCUUGAGUAAGUGGCUGAUGUGUGGUGAACAGUAGAGUCAAUGGCAAGGGAAAUAAAAGCUACUGCUUUGGAGAGUUUCAGGGCAUCUGGUUGUGUUUGCGGAAAUCAUUGGAGCUGAAUAUCUCUAAUACACAUGUAAGAAGUAAACGCUAUACCUGUGAAUGAUGCUAUUGGGGGCAGUAUGUAGAAGCCAUAAAGGAGAGAGCCAAGAAUGAGUCCUUAGAACAGGUUACUGUCUGGGUGUUAUAAGCAUGGGGAUGGAGGUAGAUCUUUUGUCGAGAUGUGCUGCCUUCCUUUUGUAUAUCCCACUACCUGUUACGAUAAUAUAGGUUCUGUAAUUCCUAGCAGCAAUGAGAUAUUGUAUUUGUGUUAGUAAAAGGAAUUUUUCAAUGUAUCAUAUUUUGUACAACCGCAAAAUAAAACACAGAAGCAUACAAAUUGGGUACAGGGGUUGGCCAUUUUGUGCCUUGGGCCUGCUUGAUCGUGGCUGAUUUGAUUGUGGCUUCAAUUCCACAUAGCCCAAUUGCGGUACCUCCAUUAAAUAGUUUCACAUGACUUCUGUCAUGCAGUCUGCCCUACAUUUAAAUCUGCUAGAAAAAUAAAGCUGUAAAAACUGUUUGGUUUGAGCUUGGCAGUGGACUAGCACAUCACGAGUCCUGAAAUAAAUUUGAGGUAGAAAUAGUGUCUGGAUAUUUGUUCUAUGGAGAUUUCAGCUAACUACCUUCUGUGAUGUUUUACGCUGCAUCACAAUCCAGUAUAUUAGCUUCACCAUGCGCAUAAACUUUCAAGUAUGUAAUUAUUACCACCCUGAUGCCCUUAUCAGGUGUCCAUUUGCAGAAUCGAUAUUGCUUUUCACUGUAAAUUUACCACAUUUAGCCAGACUGAGGGAUAGUAUCUAACUGUAGAGGAUGUGAAAUAUGCCAGCUGUGAUGCGUUGCAAUGACAGUCCUAGAUGGCCAUCAAUUGAAAGUGCACCUAAGCACUUAAUGCAUGUAUCAACAAUUCUAAGUUUGGAUACAGUUAUAGUCAGUAAGUGUUCCAAGACAUAACGGAUCACAAAGUAAAAUGCUAGAGGAAUUUGUUUUUUGCAGAUUCUUUACAUGCUUGUAAACCUAUCCAGUUCCUCUUUAAA